AUGUGUUUCCAGUGUCACGAAAUCAACGGCAGCUUCUUCCCCGCUGUCAUUUUCAACGCUACUUUUGACGCCUCCGGUUUGAUAGAAAUCGACCACGGUGCCAACCAUACUCUGCUUGAGUGGAAAAAGGGCCAAUUCGAACAAAUGAAGGCCUUGACCAAGCAAGCCAAAUCUGACGAUUCUGCCCGCAGAAACGCCCAGGCUCUCUAUGAAACGAAGCUUCAGGAGUACCGUCUCGGCCAUUGUCCAUCCUGGGAUGAGGAAGUGGAAUUUGAUGAAGUCGAAGCCGUUUUAGAGACUCUGAAGCAGGAUACUAAGGAGGAAGAGAAGCAUGAGGAGGAAGAAAAGCAUGAGGAGGAGAAUGAAGAAAAAAAUGAAGAAACCUCCGAUUCUGAUGCCUCUUCUUCCUCUUCUUCCUCCUCUUCCUCUUCCUCUGAGGCCCCAGUGGAGUCUUCCAACAACACCUCCCCAGCUUCCUCGCCAGUAUCCAAAGCCGCUGUUUUGGCCAUCUUCGAGACCAAGACGGAGACCACAGAACCCGCUUUUGAAGAGCUUUCUGAAGUCACUAACACCCCAAAAUUGUCCGAUGACGAGCUUUUUGAAAGCCUUGAAGAGCUGUACAGCGAGUUCAAGAAGGCCUACGCAGCUUCCCAUGAAGCUCCAUUUUCAACUACUUCCUCCUAUGAAAAUGCUUCUUCAGCUAAAAUCUCCGCACCUUCCCCCGGCUCCCUUCCCCUGGGCCACGGCUGGCUCUACAACAACGACAUCUUCACCAUUCCUGAGGAAGACGAGCCUGAGGAGAUUUCACAAACCGAUAUGACCACUUCUCUUUUCACCUGGACCGUGGUUCCGGGAUCAGAUUUGCCCCGCUGUGAGCCAAAGCAAACACGGUUUCCAAUUCAUGAGUCUGUUCAGAGGCUCUCUUCUGGAGACUGUGAAGUUCUGGAGGUUUCACAAUCUGAGACCUUGCAAGCCAAUUCGAACCAGGACUGUUCCCAAAAUCCUGCCUUUUUCCAGAAGCCCACUUGUUCUGAGCAUCCGAUUAUGGAGAAAUAUCAGAAUUCCCCGGCUUCAGCAAACCCGCUCUACUGUCUAGAGGACUUCCCCUUCUUUAGACACGUUUUGGCGCAGAAGCCCAGGAAAAGCUUUCUUCCGGGCGACUUUUUCAAGUUUCGGGAACUCUGCUACCCGAAGGAGGCUGCCACUUUUUUGCCCGGUGAAUGCUUCCGGCUCUGGUCCUUGAGGACUACCAGAAGAGGUCCUCGGAGACUGAGAAGACGUGCUAGAGCUAAGGUGACUUAA